UUUGGGUCAAAUUCAGCAUCUGGUUUGGCUAGUAAUGAAGGCAAAUAUUUUCAACAUAGCUUGUCUCGCACAUCAAUCAUAUUGUAUAAAUAAAUAGCAUACUAUUUAUCAUUUAAAUAUUUGAAAAUAUUUCUUCUUUAUUUUUUCUAUUAUUUUUUCAAUUUUUUUUUUUAUCUUAUGGCACACUUCCUGAUUAAUUUUACUGACCAUGUUAUAUUUGAUUGACACGUAUAAAAAUCUUAAUUUAAUUGGUUACGUGGUUUUGGAAAGAAAUUUAUGCAAGCCUUUUAUUUCUCACCAGUUGUAAUUAUACAGAGGAAAUCUUCUGCUAUUAAAUGUUGAGAUUAUGUACAUUUAUUUUCUGAGUUGUUCCAUAUAACACUUCAUCUGUUUGUCAAAAGAAAAAAAAAGACUUCAUUUGCUUCAAACCAAAAUCCAAGAGACUACUAGCUAGAAGAAAACACAAAAAAUGGAUGAAGAAGGGACAAUUUCCUCGGAUUCAACGAUGAGACGAAGAAAGCCUCUGGGUUGGAAAGCUAUGCCUUACAUAUUAGCCAAUGAGACAUUGGAGAGGCUUGCUUCAUUUGGACUGACGUCUAAUUUCAUGGUGUAUAUGGUACGAGAAUAUCAUAUGGAUCAAGUCCAAGCUGCUGCUCUAAUCAAUACUUGGUCUGCUCUCACCAAUUUCGCUCCAAUCAUUGGAGCUUUCAUCUCCGACUCGUGCACCGGAAAAUUUGUAACCAUUGUUUUUGGUUCCAUCUCUGAGUUGCUGGGCAUGUUGGUUUUGACUUUAACUUCUCUGAUCCCUACUCUACGACCACCACCUUGCACUACCGACCAAAUCACCGGAACGUGUGUUCGCUAUAGCGAUCAACAAUUAUACGUUUUACUCUCAGGACUGUUCUUGUUAUCAGUCGGAACAGGAGGAAUCCGCUCGUGCAGUAUUCCUUUUAGUCUCGACCAGUUCGACGAUUCGACUGAAGAAGGAAGGGAAGGAAGUAGAAGUUUCUUCAGCUGGUACUAUACAACUCAUACAAUAGUCCAGUUAAUAUCAAUGACUCUAGUGUUGUACGUACAAAACAACAUUAGCUGGGCCCUUGGAUUCGCUAUCCCGACCGCUCUCAAUUUGUUUGCACUUGUUCUGCUUUUUGUGGGAGUUCGGUUUUAUGUAUUUAUUAGACCCGAAGGAAGUGUGAUCUCUGGGAUCUUCAAGGUUCUCGUGGAUGCUUAUGAGAAACGUAAUGCACAGCCUCCAUCUGAGAUUGAACAUUAUCGACCGUUACUAGAGACAAGUUCGCAAUCAAAUAAACUGGUGCUCACUGAUCAAUUCAGAUUCUUGAACAAAGCUGUGAUAGUGAUGAACAACGAUGAAGCUAGAAAUGAGGAGUGGAAAAUUUGCACCAUGAGACAGAUAGAAGACAUAAAGUCUAUAAUAAGCAUAAUUCCAAUAUUUGCCUCGAGUAUUAUAGGAUUCUUGGCUAUGAACCAACAACACACCUUCACGGUCUCACAAGCACUUAAAAUGGACCUUCGAUUUCCCGGUUCUUCUUACCUAAUCCCUCCUGCUUCUAUAACCGUAAUAUCCCUCUUAACCAUAGGCAUAUGGCUUCCCUUCUAUGAAACCGUUCUUGUCCGACACAUUGAAUACAUUACAAAACAAGAAGGAGGCAUCUCUUUACUCCAAAAAGUUGGGAUUGGGAACUUUUUCUCCAUAUUGACGAUGAUUAUAUCGGGUAUUUUGGAACGAGAGAGAAGAGAUUUAUCCCGUGCAGGGGUAAGCAGGUCGGUUUUCUGGCUAGCCCCGCAACAAGUACUAAUGGGAUUUUAUGAAGUCUUCACCAUUGUUGGUCUUACCGAGUUCUUCAACAAACAAGUUCCAGGCUAUAUGAGAAGCAUUGGGAACUCGUUGCUUUACUUAGGUAUGUCUUUUGCUAGUUACCUAAGCAGUGCGACGGUGAGCACUGUUCAUAGUGUGACUGCCCGUGGAGGAAGACAAAGUUGGCUCACGGAUGAUAUUGAUACAGGCAAGUUAGAUUAUUUUUAUUACUUUAUUGCUGCUUUAAGCACUCUUAAUCUCAUUUUCUUCUUGUGCUGUGCUAAAAGGUAUCGUUAUAGAAACAUGUAAUAAUUUUGAUUAUACUGGCGCUCAUUUGGAUUCUGAA